AUGUCUGAGAAACUCCAAGUAGCAGUCGCUGGCAUUGGCCGCAUGGGUAUGCGCCAUGCUCGACACUUUGCAACUCUCACACCCCGCGCCGAGCUCAUUGCAGUCUGCUCGCCCGUCCAAGCCGAGCUAGACGCCGCCAAGAAGGAGUUCACCACUGUCCGAACAUACCUGUCCUUCGACGACAUGCUCGCCAAGGAAAAGACCCUCCAAGCCGUCGUGGUCGCAAGUGCCACAACCAUUCACGCCGAACAAGCCAUCAAAGCCAUUGAAAAGGGCUACCACGUUCUCUGCGAGAAGCCUCUCAGCACCAGUCCCGAAAUCUCUCAAACCGUCGUCGACGCUUACCGCUCUUCUAUCAAGACAUACCCCAAGCAGAAAGUCAUCUGCGGCUUCUCCCGCCGCUUCGACGCCUCAUACCGCGAUGCCUAUAACCGCAUGGCAAAGGGCGAUAUCGGCACACCUUCCGUAUUCCGCUCGCAGACAUGCGAUAAGCUCGAUCCAAGCGGGUUCUUCGUUGCCUACGCCGAAUUCUCAGGUGGUAUCUUUGUCGACUGUUCCAUUCACGAUAUCGAUCUUGCAUUGUGGUUCUUCGGCGAGGAUAGCAAAGUCAAGAGCGUGACUGCAGUUGGUAUCACAGCCGUGCAGCCCGAUCUGCGGAAGCACAAUGAUCGCGACAACGCAGUGGGCAUUAUUGAGUUCUACAAUGGCAAAAUCGCCCAGCUUUACUGCUCCCGUAUGAUGGCCGCUGGUCAGAUGGAUUGUACCGAGAUCACCGGUACAAACGGACAGAUUGCAGUCAACACACAGCCCCAGUCGAACUUGGUCAACUUGUUCGAGCCUACUGGUGUGCGUCGUGAGAUCCCCCCUGAUUACUAUGGCCGAUUCCGCGAGGCUUUCGUUACCGAGGCCAAUGAGUUCACUGCUGCUUGUCUUGAUAACCUUCCUCCCCCUAUGUCAUUGGAGGGUGCUGUCAAGGCAGUGCGCAUUGGUGCCGCUUUGCAGGAGAGCUUGAUCUCGGGCAAGAAGAUUGAGUUCGACGAGAGUGGAAAGCGGGUGGAAUCUGCCAGACUUUAG